AUGAUCAAGUUCAGACCUGGGUUAAAAAAUGCAGCUGCUGACGCCUUAUCGAGACCUGAAGAGAGUCCUCUGGACCUAGACACAAAGAACCAGGCUCUGUUGAGGCCAGAGUGGUUGGAAAAGGGUGUUCUGCCUCCGCAGGCCAUUGAACAGAAGCUAUCUGCUAUAUCAGCACUUCUUGCUCCUAUAGAGCUGGAUGACAUCCAGUUAAUGGACCGUCUACUGCAGGCUAAUCGCAUUGCGACUGACCUUGACGAAGAAAAGGCUGCUGCUCCUGAAGAAGGCUCUGAAUGGUCUCUACAGGAUGGGCUCCUGCUGUUCCAGAAUAAGCUUGUGGUUCCUGAAGAGGGCGACCUUCGCACCCGAUUGCUUGACAUGGUUUACCGACAGCCCUCUACUGCGCACCUAGGACGAACCAAGACAGAAACUCUGGUUAAGAACCGAUACUGGUGGCCAGGCUGGCGCCACGAUGUUAAACGAUACGUGGCCAAUUGCUUGAUAUGUAAUCGAACUACUACUAGAAGGGAUCUGCCCCCAGGGUUGCUUCAACCCCUCGAUAUCCCGAAUCGCCCUUGGGAGCAUAUCUCUAUGGACUUUCGCUCCUGCCCGAAGGACAAGCACGGCUUUGAUAAAGCCUGUGUAAUCGUAGAUCGCCUAACGAAACGGGUGAUCUCAAUCCCCUGUCAUAAAAAUGUGUCGGUAAUGGAUAUGACCCAGCUCUUCCUCAAACAUAUAUAUCGAUGGGUAGGACUGCCUGAGUCAAUCCUUUCAGACCGUGGAGGCCAGUUCAUCUCUGCUUUCUGGGAGGAACUCUGCCUGCGGCUGAGGAUCAAGCGCAAACUAACCUCAGGGCAGAAGCCCUCCACGAAUGGCCAUACGGAGAUCGUUAAUCAAUAUCUCGCCCAGAAGCUCCGUCCUUUUACUGCUCGCAAUUUAGAACAGAUCUGGGAUUACGCUAAAGGUCAAAUUGAACUAGCUCAGGUAAAGAUGAAACGGCAAGCCGAUAAGCAUCGCAGACCCGUGGACUUUAAGGCCGAGAACUUGGUCUACGUAACUAUUAAAGACUGGGAAUUAGGCCGUCCGAGCCGCAAGUUCGGCGACCAAUGGGCUGGCCCGUACGAGAUUAUUGAACAGAUUGGAUAUGCCUUUAAGCUUCGCCUGCCUCCUACACUCCAAGUCUACCCCGUUUUCGUACCAGAGAAGCUCCGAAAAGUGACCGAUUUGGCACCUAUGCCGGGUCAAAUUCGCGAUCCAGAGCCCCCGAUUGAGAUACAAGGCGAGUCGGAAUGGCUUGUAGACAAAAUUCUUGCUUCUCGCAUGUAUAAUAAAGAGCUGCGUUACCGUGUGCAGUAG